UCGAGCAAAGGUUAAACAGAUAAAAGAGACUUCCAAAAUGAAUCGGAAGAUAUUCCCUAUCGUUGCCAUUUUAAUAAUAUUUUCCAGAGUGCAGUGUGAUGUCCUCGGACUCGACAAUGCGAGCACUUGCCAAGACAUCUGCACCGAAUGCGGGGGCGAGGCAUCUUACGUUAACAGCAUGUGUCAAUGUACAGUACCAGAAGAUUUACCAGCGGGACAAGAUUGUUUCGUGAGAAAGCUCCGCCAAGCGAAAUUUCUCAACGUAGAUAUUGUAUCGUGCGACGACUCGAGCGGCGAGAAAAGAACCACCAGAUGCGUUGUCGCUUCGAAAUUUCGAAAAAAUGACAUCGAGCAAGUGGCGAAGUACUUCAUGAACGACGGACCGAUCGUUGGAUCGAUAUUUCGAGCUCCUCCGAGGGCCGAGAAAAAAAUCGACGAGCCAAUUGAGUGCAAUAAUGAUCAAGUCGAACAGAUCGUUGGCAAUAUUAACAUGGAAAAUCUACGCAAAUAUACUUCAGUAAGAACCAAACCAAACCGUCGUCCGACAGGCGUUCGGACAUCAUCAUCUCCAAAUCCAAAAACUUCCCUGCCCACGAAUCCCAAUUUCGUUGGGAGCGCACAGAGGACAGUUGAGCCGACCUCGCGUUGUAAGCUGCCUCGACGUCAGCAGAACUUGACUCCGUCGCUGCUGAAAUUGCUGAUAACCGAACUGAAACGUCAGUUGUCGAGUUUACCCCAAACUUUGCAAAAUAUGGCUCACACGCCGAGCACCGAGGAAAAUUCUCCUACUUUUUUUAAUUCGGUAUCUCCUUCGAUGGAUGUUAAUGAUCAGCGUGUCGAGUGUAAUUGUAAGGAAUUGAACAAACCACCAGUUCAGGCAUCUGUACCUGUGCAAGGUACUCAAAUAAUUAGAUUCAUGGGUAUUCCAGUAAUAACUAUGCUUGCUCCUCCUAAAAUUGUUCAAACGGAAAAACCGCUUAGAGUAGAAGCAAAAAUUCCACUAAAAGCAGACUGUCCACCAGUUACAGUGAAAACAGAUUGUCCACCAGUGCAAGAUGUAACAACAGAACCCAUACCAAUUGCAACUAUAAAAGAGUUGGAAAUAGAAUUUCCUGAAGUAGUAACAAAUCCACCAUCAACUACAAGUGAGCCUGAUUGUAAACAAGAUUUAGUAGUAGCUCCAGAUCUAAUGCCAAAAGAUACAGAUGAAAAAAAAGAAAUUGAAACAGUUUCUAAUUUCAUAAUGGAAGAACCAAAUUAUUCAAGUACAUUUGGGGUACCUUCUGAAGCCGUUAACAGUCCUACUAUUACUUAUUUAGCAUCAAUGCCAGCUUCUUUCUUACCCAGCUUAAUUUUCAAUGCACCUUUCAUGUAUAAGCAACCGACUAAUGAGCAAAUAUUAACUAAUUUUGAACCAUACGAAAAUCUCAAUAAUGUAGGUCAAGAAGCACCAACAGAAUUCACAAUAGAAAUUCCAUAUCCAAAAAAAAUUUGUAAAAAAUCACCAUAUAUAGAAUACUCAAAUAAGUUUAAAAGAGAUGUAAAGCCUGUUUCUUCAACCAUAAAAGAUGAAUCUAAUGAUUCAAUGUACAUGUUGGCAAAUGAAAAUUUUAACCGUAAGACUGAUAUGGUUUCAGUCCCUGAAAUUUAUAGAACUACUACUCAAAAACCAAUUUCUGGAACAUCUGAUAUAAAAAUUGUUAGUGAUGAGACAACCGAAACUAAAGGAACUAUGAUCAAAAUUAAAUCCAGCAAAGAGUUGGAUGAGUUUACCAAAAAGCCAAUCAGCGACAAAAAAUUAUUAGCAUCUAAGAGAAGUAUAAAUAUUACAAAAUAAGUACAAAGCAAAAAUUCAAG